AUGCCUGAUCUUCCUCAUCAACAGCAGUCCAAGAACAAGAAGGCCCGACGCGCUCAGGUAACAAGUAAAGCCUGGAGUGGCCUGCGAGCAAGAGACCUUGAAGGCCCGGGGCUUGAGCAGAAGAUUCGCGAAAAGUUCAAGUGGGCUCACUCACCUUGUGAAUUCCAACUGGAAGCUAUCAAAGCCCAACUCCUCCACAAAGAUGUACUCAUCCACACAGGAACAGGCUCGGGAAAAACCACCAUUGCAGCAGGACCACAUGCUGUAAUUGAAAAGUCAAAAGGAAUGAUCACGUUCAUGGUUUCACCGCUCCUCGCCCUUCAAGAGGAACAGGUGUUGACUUUUCGAAACGAGUUUGGAUUGAUGGCUACAGCGGUCAAUAGCAUACACGGCGGUUGCACUUCAGAGGUGAUGACAAGGAUAUGCAAAGGGGAAUGGCAGAUUGUGUUGAUCUCGCCUGAGAUCAUCCUAUCUAAACCCUUCAUCAAAGACGUCCUACGCAAUCCGGCUAAGGUCCCUAGGAUACUUUCAAUUGUCGUUGACGAAGCGCAUGUUGUGUCGCAUUGGGGCGCCGGCUUCCGAAAGCAAUACGCAGAACUUGGCAUUCUGCACGCAAUCCUCCCGAAAGGCACCCCAUUUGUGGCUAUGUCAGCUACGUUGGCCCCACAAGUAUGGCACAAUGUCCUGAAGAAGCUGCAGAUUGAUGAGAGAAAUUAUAUCAACAUAGACAUUGGGAACGACCAACCAAAUGUUUCCAUCGUCGUUCGCGCGAUACAAAAUCCAAUGAACACCUUUAGUGACCUCGACUUCGUCAUACCCAGUGAUGUAAAGGCUGCAGGCAACAUCCCCAAAACGUUCAUCUAUGCAGAUCAGAUUAGCGCGGAGGUCGGAAUGGAGACGCGACUUACAGAACACUUACCACCAAAGCUCCGUGAUAUCGGCCUUAUCCGUCCUUUCAAGUUGUUCAAAGCUGGCGUUAUACGAGUCUUGAUCUGUACUGAUGCUGCGGGAAUGGGGUGUAACAUACCGGAUGUCGAUGUUGUUGUCCAGUGGAAACUCCCAGCAUCUGUUUCAACGUUUGUGCAGCAGGCAGGCAGAGCUGGUCGUGAUCCAAAGCGAACAGGUUUGGCGGCUCUUCUCGUCGAAAAAUCUGUUUAUGAAGCCGACCUUACGAAACUGGAUGAAGCGUUGUCAGGACACAAGAAAAAGAGUGUUCGUCAAUCCUCAACAUACCCAAAAGCACCAAAGGGCUACGCAAUUCGGCACAAUGUCCAGCGUGGAUCAUUUGGCGGGUUGAGCAAUGAGAAUGUUUGGAAAGAAGAUGUGCCGCUGGAUACAAAAUCGUUAGACAAGGGCUUGUACAGUCUGGCACAAACAGGGUCUUGUCGACGUAAAGUAUUGACAGUCAUCUAUGGGAACGAUACACCUUAUCUGACUGUUCCAUGCUGUGAUCUAUGCGAUCCAACACUGCUAGAUCGCACACGCCUGGCUCCUAGCACCAUCCAACCCAAAGCGGCAGCACUGAAGAUGGGCAUAGUCAACGAAACCGUUCGUUCAGCACUCCAGCAAUGGCGGUCUGAAAUCUUGAAGCGUGACUUCAAGGAUGCGCUAUUCGCGCCGUCAGGUAUUCUAAGUGAUGAGCGUAUCGACAAUCUGUCUUCUGUUGGGUCCAUUGGCAGGUUGAACGAAUUGGAGCGAGUGGUAGGGGCGGACUGGCCAUGGUUUGGUCAAUAUGGCGACGCGCUGCUUGAAGAACUCUUGAAACUUGACAUACCUCCAAUGCAGCCCAAACAACAGCAGAAAAAACCCGAAAAGCGAACAGUCCAGGAACUCGAAGGACAAAGGGAGCCACAAGGUCAACCUGCGACGAAGAAAAAACGAGGUCAGAAGCAAGCCGCUGUUACACCAGCUCGGAAGUCAACUCCCACAACUGUCAAUCCUUCCAAUCCUUCACCAUCUCACGUUGCCACACCCGGGCCGUCAGUCCCAGCUUCCACGCCGCAAUCUUAUAAUUAUUCAACGCCUCGACACUACGCAACGCCACAGCGCCCUACCUACAAUCCUUACUCUUUCAUGUAUACCAUGCGCCCACUGCCCCCAUUUUACGGCUAUCUACAUAGCCCAACUCAAGCUCCCAUCCACACCCCACAUCCUUUGUCAAACGCUGCAUCGAGGAAUCCGAAUAUGCCUUCGUCAUCAACGACGGGUACUCAAGAUGUGGGCCAUACUUAG